ACGACAAUAACCUGUCCCAAUAACAAUCCAUCCAUAACAACAACAAAUUAGUUAAAAUGCUUACUCAAGUUGCUUACAAUUUUCCAUCCCUAGAAUCCAUUCAAAAAUAUCUUUUUGAUGAUCAUGUAGAGAUUUUUCCCGAUAAUACUUAUCAAAAUAGUUAUAAUGUUAAUGAUUGCACCUUUCUUGAGAAUUCGCAGGAAUUCUCUACAAACAUUUAUAACGACUUCAGUUCAUCGAAGUCAUCCGGGCUGUCGUCUAGCCCGAGUUCUUGCCUGAAUUUCCCGAGUCUUUUGGAUGAUCAAGAUGUAUCGUCACUAAAUAUCGAUGAUGAUUCGUUCGACAUUUGUAAACUUUUAAAUGAUGAUAAUAGUCAUGAACAAAAUCUUGCCCUUCCUGACUUGUCAUGUAUCAUAGACAACAACAACCAACAAAUGUUUCAAGAAACGGAUAUCGAAUGGAUGAAUGAAAUUCCAAGCAUGUUCAAUGACGAGACACAAGAAGAAUUAGCAACCGAAUUAUUAUUACCUCCAGCCGUGGAUGGUAAUCAUCUUGCUUGCAAUAAUAAUAGCCCUCAGAAACCCGAGAAAAAGACUCUAAACUGGGAUUUCUCAACCGGAAACGUAAUUCCAGUUAAAGAAGAAGCCAAUAUUUGUGACAAGAGAGACAAAGAGAACAAUGUGACAAUUUCACCGCUCCCAUUUCAGUCACAUAGGUGCUAUAGAGGGAUAAGACGUAGGCCGUGGGGAAAGUACACGGCCGAGAUGAGGAACCCUGACAAGAAAGGUUCGAGAUUGUGGCUAGGGACAUACAAGACACCAGAAGAAGCAGCCAUGGCUUACGAUCGAGCUGCUUUCAAGCAUCGUGGCUCUCAAGCUUUGCUUAAUUUCCCUCAUUUAAUCUCGUUGCAUGACAAAGAGCCAGAAAAUUGGACCACUAGAAAGAGAAAUUCAGCGACGCUAGAAUCCUCCUCCUCAUCUAGUUCUUCGUCGUCGGGGGGAUCAUCAAAUGACAAGAACAUGAAGAAGAAGAAGAAAGUGAAGAGUUAUAGUAAAGUUUGAAGACUAUGAUCAUUAAUUAAUUUGAUGGUAAAAAAAAAAAAAAACUAGCUAAUUAAUUAAUUGCAUGUGGCGCAAUGUACAUAGUCAUGUCGCGAACAAAAUAAAAUAUGAACGUCCUGGCGUAUAUUGCAAAUUACGUACUGGCCGGCCUGUGAACUAGAAAUGUAAUUAACUAGUUGAAAAUGGAGAGAGUAUGAAUAGUUUUCCAACAAAGAAAUGUACUUUGUAUCUCUUCUUCAUCAUGUAUACAUUUGUUCGAUCAUCUAUAACUAAUUAAUUAACCUCUGUUGAUCGA